AUGAAAUCUUCACUGGGCGAAAACUUAAUAAUACUGGACAAACAGUAUGAUGAAGAAUACGGUAACGAGCGCCUUUUCAAAUCUCUUUGGACCGAAUACGCUCUCGAUAUCUUUAAAGCAAUGAAAGAGACAGAGUCCGAGAUGCGUAAAAUUAAUUAUAUGUCCACUCAAUUUGAUCAGCGUUCAAAACUAAUAGGGAUGUGCCGGUUGAUAACACGAACAUAUAAACUUAGCCGCUGUACUUUGCAUUUAUCUGUUUACUACCUGGAUCGCUUUAUUGAUAGUUACACCAUACGAUCGGACAAGCUUCAACUAGUUGCUCUUGUCUGUGUGCAUAUUGCAGCUCAGAUAGAAAAUCGGGAUGCCAUUGUACCACGCUAUAGUGACAUGAUUAGCCUAAUAAAGCGUUCUUACACUAGUUUUGAGUGCAAGGCUGUAGAGCGUAAGAUAUUAACUUUUCUUGAGUUUAAACUAAUGCGACCCACGACUGCUAGCUUCGUGGAAAUGCUAUCAUGCAGCUUUCUGACACACGACGAUUACAACUCGUACUGCGAAUCAUUAAACGAUUUAUCUCUGGGUAUAGGUACCCAUCCACGAUAUAUGUGCUAUGAGCAAAUGCUGGCAACACUAGCGCAUUUAGUACUCCGUGUGUCCGAUUAUACGUUGUAUAUUGAAAGCUUUUGCAAUGUUGCACCUUCACUCUUGGCAGCUAGCUGCAUAGGAGCUGUGCGACAGAUGAGUGGAAUACCUAAGCGCUGGACUAUAUAUUUGGAAAACCUGACAUCCUACUCGGAGCAUACAAUUGCGCCUUAUGUGGAUAUUAUUACAAUGAAUCACUAUUAUCAGAAUACUAGCACUACAGCAGUUAGUUAUUCAGGUUCUGACUCGGGAUUCGAGGAAAGACUUCUUACACAUGGAAAGAAUGAGGAGCAAACAUUUAACUUAGUGACUGUUGACUUAGAAAGACCAAUAGGAAAGGCAGUCUUCCUUAAAAGAAAAAGUAAUGAUGAAUGUCUGCAUUUUAGGCAAUUUAAAUGCCUAAAAUUCAGCGACAAUAACAACUAAUUUACAACAUAAGAUUAUU